ACAAGAAAGACGAAAACAAUUCUCCAGCAGAGCAUUGCAGAGCAUCACAGAGGUGCAGAGCAAGUACAAUUUAUAAACUGAAAGCUGCACUGUGUUUAUUUCCAGUGGGUAGUGCAGCAGAUAAGCAAUCACUGCAUUAGUGCAGAGUGUCCCAUUGGGCUGCUGCACUAGAGCAGUGCACCAGGGCAGAGCUUUUGUGCAGUGUACAGCACAGUGCAUCAGAGCACUCAGCACAGCCCCAGUGCAAAGCAAUGCAGGGGCCCGUGUGUGCUGCGAUACACAGGGCUGGGCUGCUCUGCAGGUGAUCUUUUUUUUCACAUCCUCUCCAGAGAUCCAGACGAGUGAUCACAGGGACAAGUGCUGCAAAGACAACAAAGAUCACAGAACCACAAGGAUCAGGGAAUCAUGUCUAGGUUUAGGAAGGACAAAGAAAUUAUUGCAGAUUAUGAGAACCAAGUGAAAGAGAUUCGUUGCCAGCUGGUGGAGCAGUUUAAGUGCUUGGAGCAGCAGUCUGAGGCUCGCCUGGCCUUACUCCAGGAUCUGCAGGAAUUCUUCCGCAGGAAGGCAGAGAUUGAGCUGGAAUACUCACGCAGCCUUGACAAGCUGGCAGAGAGAUUUUCCUCCAAAGUCCGCAGUACCCGGGAGCAACAGCACUUCAAGAAGGAUCAGCAUCUCCUGUCCCCAGUGAAUUGUUGGUAUCUGAUUCUGUCCCAGACACGACGUGAGAGUAAGGAUCAUGCCACUCUGAAUGACAUCUUCCUGAACAACGUCAUCCUGAGGUUGUCGCACAUCAGUGAUGAUGUCAUCCGGCUCUUUAAGAAGAGUAAGGAGAUUGGGUUACAAAUGCAUGAAGAGUUGGCGAAGGUCACUAAUGAACUGUAUACGGUCAUGAAGACAUACCACAUGUACCAUGCCGAGAGCAGCAGUGCAGAGAAUAAAUUGAAGGAUGCCGAGAAGCAGGAAGAGAAGCAGUUCAGCAAAACCUCAGAACUAGUCUCCAACGCACUUCGUCAUGAAGACCGGCCUCAAAGGCGAAGCUCUGUCAAGAAGAUAGAGAAGAUGAAGGAAAAGAGACAAGCUAAAUAUUCAGAGAACAAACUGAAGUGCACAAAGGCCAGAAACGAGUACCUGCUGAACCUAGCAGCCACUAAUGCGAGCAUCAGCAAAUACUACAUUCACGAUGUGUCUGAUCUCAUAGAUUGCUGUGACCUCGGCUUCCACUCCAGCCUUGCACGCGCCUUCCGCACGUACCUCUCUGCGGAAUACAACCUGGAGACCUCCCGCCAUGAGGGACUUGACAUUAUCGAAAAUGCGGUUGACAACCUUGAUGCACGUAGUGACAAGCACAAAGUCAUGGACUUGUGUAACCAAAUGUUCUGCCCUCCACUCAAGUUUGACUUCCAGCCUCACAUGGGGGAUGAGGUUUGCCAGGUGAGUGCACAGCAACCGGUACAGAUGGAGCUUAUCAUGAGAUACCACCAGCUACAAUCCCGUCUGACCACUCUGAAGAUCGAGAAUGAGGAGGUGCGCAAAACAUUGGAUGCCACCAUGCAGACUCUUCAGGAUAUGCUAACAGUGGAGGAUUUCGAUGUGUCUGACGCGUUUCACCACAGCCGCUCUAUGGAGUCCAUCAAAUCUGCUGGCACAGAGACCUAUAUGAGCAAAUUAAACAUCUCCAAAAGGAGAGCUAACCAACAGGAGACUGAGAGCUUCUACUUUGCUAAAUUUAAGGAGUAUUUGAAUGGCAGUAACCUCAUUACAAAACUUCAGGCUAAGCACGACCUACUGAAGCAAGCGCUAGGGGAAGGUGAAAGAGCAGAUUAUGGAACUACUAGGCCCCCGAGUCUUCCCCCUAAACCCCAGAAAAUGAGGAAACCCCGACCUCGCUCCCUCUAUAACCAUAAGCUCUUUAACGGGGACAUGGAACUGUUCAUUAAGGAUUCGGGUCAGGCCAUCCCGUUAGUGGUGGAAAGCUGUAUCCGGUAUAUCAAUUUAUAUGGACUACAACAGCAGGGAAUAUUCCGAGUUCCAGGCUCUCAGGUUGAAGUUAAUGACAUCAAGAAUUCGUUUGAAAGAGGUGAGGACCCACUAGUGGAAGAUCUCAUCGAACGGGAUAUUAAUUCUGUGGCUGGUGUAUUGAAACUUUAUUUCCGUGGCCUGGAGAAUCCAGUCUUUCCCAAGGAAAGAUUUCAUGACUUGAUAUCUACAAUCAAGAUAGAGAAUCCAUCUGAGAGGGUGCACCAGAUUCGGCAGAUUCUCAUCACUUUGCCCAGAGCCGUCUUAGUGGUGAUGAGAUAUCUUUUCGCCUUCCUCAACCAUCUAUCCCAGUAUAGUGAUGAGAACAUGAUGGAUCCUUACAAUUUGGCUAUUUGCUUUGGACCAACAUUAAUGCCAAUCCCAGAUGGACAAGACCCUGUGGCGUGCCAGGCUCAUGUCAACGAGGUCAUAAAGAGCAUCAUUGUGAACCAUGAAUUUAUCUUCCCAACACACCGUGAGCUGGAGGGUCCCGUUUAUGAGAAGUGCAUGACUGGGGGCGAGGAGUACUGUGACAGCCCCCACAGUGAGCCAGGUGCUAUUGAUGAGUGUGAGCAUGACAAUGGCACAGAACCUCACACCAGUGAUGAAGAGGUGGAGCAGAUUGAAGCCAUCGCUAAGUUUGAUUAUGUGGGACGUACUCCGCGAGAGUUGUCAUUCAAGAAGGGAGCAUCCUUGCUUCUGUACCACAGGGCAUCUGAGGACUGGUGGGAGGGUCGUCAUAACGGAGUGGACGGACUUAUACCCCAUCAGUACAUUGUGGUCCAGGAUCUUGAUGACGCAUUCUCAGACAGCCUGAGCCAGAAGGCAGACAGUGAGGCAAGCAGUGGUCCCCUCCUGGAUGAUAAAGCUUCCUCCAAGAAUGACAUCCAGUCUCCUACUGAGCACCUGCAAGAGUACAGCUUUCCUGGAAUCUUGGGCAGGGUGAGGCUGAGAUCUGAUGGAGCAGCUAUACCCCGUAGAAGAAGUGGGGGAGACAACCAUAGCCCACCACGACCUCUGGGUCCAUGUAUUGAUACCCCUCCUCGGGCUGCUGCCUGUUCCAGUAGCCCCCAUAAGCUGUCAUUGAGCAGGGGGCGUGUGGACAGUCCAGAGAAAAGGAGAAUGGCAACAUUUGGAAGUGUAGGAAGUAUAAAUUAUCCAGAGAGAAAGGGUUUGAAUGAUGGACUCUCCCUACGAUCCGUUACUGGAGGCACACGGCACAGCAGCCUUGGAGACCACAAGGCCCUUGAGGCAGAAGCUCUCGCUGAGGAUAUUGAGAAGACUAUGAGCACAGCCCUGAAUGAAUUGCGGGAGUUAGAGAGGCAAAACACAGUCAAGCAGGCCCCUGAUGUUGUACUGGACACUUUGGAACCCAUGAAGAACCCUGCUUUAGGUGCCCCAAACUCAGAGCCUGUCAGCCCAUUGCACACUAUAAUGAUCCGAGACCCAGAUGCAGCAAUGAGGAGGAGUAGCUCCUCCACCACUGAGAUGAUGACCACUUUCAAGCCAGCUCUAUCAGCACGCCUAACAGGAGCACAACUCCGACCUCCUCCUAUAAGACCAGCCAGGCCAAUGGUCCAACACAGAUCUAGCAGCAGCAGCAGUUCUGGCAUGGGGAGCCCAGCACUAACCCCCACAGAGAAAUUGUUUCCCAGUAACAACUCUGAGAAGUCAGGGACCAUGUAAAUACCACAGACUAGCACAAUGUGCAUGAGAUCCAGGCUGAGUGUGCCACACACCUUAGAAAAGUGGCAGAGUACAAGAGCUGAAGGACACAACUUUGCACUCAAUUCUGUCCCUGUUUGUGCCACACGGGCUUCUCUCAGUCAAGUUUCUAACAAGUUGCACAUUUUUACAAAGAACAUACAUGGAAACCACUUCUUCCAAUACAUACAGCUUGUGUAUUUCACAUAGGAGAUCUCCCUGUUGUACACAUCUCAUAUGGCGUCUCCUAGUCACUACUGAUCGUGUCUUACAUGGAAUCCACCACUCUCACUGGGGAGCUUACACUCAUGCAUAUAUCUUUCUUUGAUCUUCCACUCAUUUAUACAUCUCACAUAAGGUUUAACUCCCACACACAUAUAAAACAGUCUAGUCUAUGGCUAGCGUCUCAACUGAAAUCCGCCACUCAUGUCUACAUCAAACUGGAGAUCUUAUAUGGAUCAUCCACUCAUCCAUACAUCUCACAGAGGUUCUUGGAGUCUACCUCCCAUGCACAGGUAAUAAAUGGAAUCUCCCACUAUGGCUACUGUGUCAACAAAUUCACCAUUUAUGCCAACAUCUCAGUAGAGUUAUUCCACUUAUGUAUAUAUAUUUUAUGAAUCUUCCAUUCAUCCAUAGACCUCACAGAGGAUCUUUCACUCAUGCACUCUUCUUACAUGGAGUCUGACUCCCAUACAUUAUGGCAGGUGCCUCAACUAAUAUCCUCCACUCAUGCCUUUAUCUCAAUAGGGAUCUUUCAUUCAUGCAUACAUCUCAUAGAGGAUCUUCCACUUAUGCACUCAUCUCACAGAGGAUCUUCCACUCAUGCAUACAUCUCAUAGAGGAUCUUCCACUUAAGCACUCAUCUCACAGAGGAUCUUCCACUCAAGCACUCAUCUCACAGAGGAUCUUCCACUCAUGCAUACAUCUCACAGAAAGAUCUUUCACUAUGCACUCAUCUCACUUGGGAUCUGCCUCCCAUGCACGUCAUAAAUGAGAUUUCCCAUUAUGGCUAGUAUCACCACUGAAAUCCACCAAUCAUGCCUACAUCUCAAUGUGCAUCUUCCACUCAUGCAUAUAUCUUCAAGCAGAACUUCAUGCAUAUGUUUCUCAGGGUAUCUCCAAUUCAUGCACAAAAUGCACAUGGAUAUCCAACUCAUGCAUUAGCCUAAAAUGGGAACAUCCACUCAUGCUUGCAUCUCACAUGAGUUGCUUCACUCCAUUCACAAAACUCACUCCUGCCAUUGCCUCAGAUGGUAUCCACAACUAAUGGAUUUUUCAAGGGGAACUUUCAGUCACACAUACAACUUAAAGGGGAUUUUCAUACACGUAUCUCAUGGGAUUCUUCAACUAUGCUCUUGUCAUAAAAAAAGUACCUUUAUCUAUGUUCUUGCCUUUCAAUUUUCCCAUCUUCUACCAUCCAAUAGGCCUUAAGUUGCACUGAGAUUCUAUGUUUGGUAAACAUUUUCCUAGUUUCAGGGUUUCCAUUCCGUUUUGCUCAGAUUUCCCUAUAUCAUUAACAUUCUGUAUAAAAACAAACAAACAUGAAAUACGAGGGAAUUUGAGAAGCAGCACUCCAGUCCAUUAUCUGUUUAUCUCUUAGUUUGAUGGGACUUUUCUAAAUAACCAGGAGUUCUCAGACUUUGAGAUGGAGCCAGAAUUGCAGAGAAGUGUCUAUUUGCUGCUGUCUGAAGUUUUUGUGACUAAUUCUGACCUUCCAUAUGGGGAGGCUGUUUUCUUUUAUCCUGGGUGUAACUGGCUUGGAAAGGCUGAGGGCACCAGCUACUCAUUCACCCUUGGAACGUGUUACUUUGUACAGAAUUACCCAGAUGUUAGCUAAGACAUUAACCCUGUGUAGGCCAAUGGCCAGGUGACUAUAAAUAUAUACAUACCUACAUAUAUAUAGUAAUUGAACCUGUAUAGGAUUAUGUGAAUUAUGCUUGAAGUCAACCUAUAAAAAGACUGUUUGUGCUGCCACUGGAAAGGAUAUAUAUAAAUAGUAUGAAUAGCCCAUAUAAAUCCCUUGCAUUUACCUCAGCCUUUUGCCCUGUGCUUUUUCGAGUUUAAGUUACAUUACAUGAGAAAACGUAACACACAUGCUCAGUUCUUCAAAAAAUACAUUAUCUAUGAUUUGUCACACAUAUACAUACAUGUAGAUACACAACAUACACAUACAAUGUUCUUGCAUAGCCACUGUUCUUUAACACAUACACAAUGAUCUUCUACAUAUGUAUAUCCACCACUGCAUUUGCACACAGGUACAUAUUGGUGAUAUACAUAUGUAUAUACACUGCACUUGCACACAGGUACAUAGUGCUCUGAUACAUAUGUAUACACUGAACUCUAACACACAUAGUUGCCUGAUACACAUGUAUAGACAUUGUGCUCUGAUACACAUUCUUAUACAUUGCACUUUGACACACAUGUACAUCAUGGUAUGAUAAAUUAUAUGGUGAAAGUAUGUGGACACCUGACCAUCACACCUAUAUGAGUUUGUUGUACUUCCCAUUCCAAAACCAUGGGUACUAAUACCCCCCUUUGCGGCUGUAACAGCUGCAGCUUUUUGCAGUCAGGCACUGAUUUUGGACAUUGGGUAUUCCAAAUCAUUCCAAAGGUGUUCAGUGAGGUUGAGGUCCGGGCUUUGAGCAGGCCACUUGAGUUCCUCUGCAACAAUCUUGUCAAACCAUGUCUUCAUGGACCUUGCUUUGUGCAGAGGGGCACAGUUAUGCUGGAACAGGAAAGAUACUUCCCUAAACCAUUUUGCCACAAAGUUGGAAGCACCCAAUUGUCUAAAAUGUCUUUGUAUCCUGUAGCAUUAAGAUGAUCCUUCACUGGAACUAAGGGGCCUAGCCCCAAACCUGACCAUUAUCCCUUCUCCACCAAACUUUACAGUAGGCACUAUGUAUUCCAGUAGGCAACAUUCACCUGGCAUUUGCCACACCCAGAUUCUUCCAUCAGACUGCCAGAUAGUGACGCGAAGAGAACACGUUCCCACUACUCCAGAGGCCAGUGGUGGCAUGAUUUUAACACCACUACAACCUGCGCAUUGCUCAUGUUGAUGUGAGGCUUGUGUACAGCUGCUCGGCCAUGGAAACCCAUUUCAUGAACCUCUUGACUCGCAGUUCUUGUGCCGAUGUUGCUUCCAGAGGCAGCGUGGAACUCUGUAGUAAGUGAUGCAGCAGAUGAUAGGUGGUUGUUACACAAUAUGAGAUUCAGCACUGUGAGUUUGUGUAGUCUACCACUUCAUAACCGAGCUGUUGUUGUUCCUAGUCCCUUCUACGUCACAAUAACAGCACAGUUGACUGAGGGAGAUCUAGUAGGGCAGAAAUUUCACAAUCUUGUAACAUUGCCACGUUUAAGGUCACGGAGCUCUUCAGUAUGACCCACUGUGCUGCCAGUUUUUGUCUAUGGAGCUGGAUUUUAUGCACCUGUUAACAAUGUGUGACUGAAACACCUGAACUCAAUAGUUAGGGGUGUCUGCAUACUUUUGGCCAUUUAGUGUGCACAUGCACAUACACUGUGCUUUUAUACACAUACACACCAUGCUCUCACAAUCGCAUUAUUCUCUGAUACACAUGUACUUUAUGAUCUGACAUACCUGCAUGUACGCUGCACUCCAAUACACACACUCAGGGUCUACAUUAUAAAAAAGCUGUCACUGCACAUUAAAGUUCCUUCUGCAA